AUGAAGUCAAUUCAAAGAAAUAUUGUCUCCAAACCUUCCUCUCUUCCUUUGUAAAAUCCUCCUAAAUCCAUUUAUAUCCAACAAAGUGGUAUCAGAGCACUUAUCCAAAUGGCAAGUGGGAAUCUAAUUUCAUUGCAGGUUCCAAAAUUCUCAAAAGAAAAGUUUGACAAUUGGUGCAUCCAAAUGAAGGCCAUACUCGGUGCACAUGAUGUGUGGGAAAUUGUUGAGAAUGGAUAUGAUGCUUCUCAAGACAUAAGUGCUCUUACACAAGCACAAAAAGAUCAGUUUAAUAGCAUCAAGAAAAAGGAUCAAAAGGCCGUUUCUCUCAUUCACCAAGCAUUGGAUGAGGUUACCUUUGAGAAGGUUUCAAAUGCCACCAUAGCAAAGCAGUUGUGGCAGAAGCUUCAAGCUGCCUAUAAAGGAAAAGAAAAGGCAAAGAAAAUGAGAAGGCUUGAUGAAGAGGUGACUGAUUUAAGGAUUAUUGAAAAAAUUCUUAGAUCAGUUAUAGAGAAAUUUGAUUAUGUGGUGACAGCCAUUGAAGAAUCAAAAGGCUUGGAGGACAUGACUGUUGAGGAGUUAAGUGGUUCACUUGAAGCACAUGAGGAGAAGCUCAAUAGAAGAAAGAAAGAGCCGGUGGAAUUUGGCAACAAUGUGAAAGCCAAUUUCUCUCAAGAUGAAGAUAAAGAAGUUAAUGAAAAGGUGGAGACAACUCUCUUGUUGGCCUGCAAAGAGAUGAAGAAUGAAGACAAGCACUCCUGGUACCUUGAUACUGGAGCAAGCAACCACAUGUGUGGAAACAACAAGGAAGUCAAUACUAUACUGGAUGGAAAUCAUCAGUUUAUUUCAAAUGUUUGUUAUGCACCAGACAUGAAGAGUAAUAUUUUGAGUGUCGACCAACUGUUAGAAAAGGGAUAUGCUGUAUUCACAAAAGAUGUCGCUAAAUGCUUAACAUCUUGUUAUAAAGAUUCUUCAUGGCUGGGGCAUUUGAACUUCGAAGGACCUAAGGCUAUGGCUAGCAGAAGAAUGGUGAAAGCACUUGUGGAGAAGGAAAAUGGCUUUAAAAUCCAGGUGUUGAGAUCUGACAAGGGAGGUGAAUUCAUUUCUAAAGAAUUUCAAGAGUUUUGUACUGCUAAUGGAGUUCACCAUUUUCUUACUACUCCAGGAUCACCACAACAUAACGAAGUGGUAGAAAGAAAAAACAUAACCAUUCUAAAUAUGGCAAGAAGCAUGAUGAAAACCAAGAAGAUGCCAACAGAGUUUUGGGCUGAAGCUGUAGAGUGCGCAGUCUACUUGCUGAACUGCUGCAUAACAAAAGCAGUUGAUAAUAAAACUCCAAUUGAAUUAUGGAGUGGAAGAAAGCCCUCAGUCCAUCACUUGAAGGUGUUUGGAAGCAUUGCACUUGCCCAUGUUCAUGAUGGAAAGCGUAUUAAGAUUGAUGAUAAGUGCAAGAAGUAUGUGUUUUUUGGUUAUGAUUAUAGAACAAAAAGGUACAAGCUUUAUGAUCCGGAUGGUGGCAAAGCAGUCACCGGUAGAGAUGUGGAUUUUGAUGAAGAAGCUAUGUGGGAUUGGAAAUCUCAAGAAGAGAAUUAUGAAUUUCUUCAUUAUUUUGCAAAAGAAGAUGAUGAAGAAGAAAGACGAGAAACCAUUACUCCCCCAGCAUCAUUGUCUCGUGGUGAAAUUUCAUCCCCAGAAGGAAGCUCAAGUGAAGGGCUAUUGCGAACAAGGAGGCUUAGUGAUAUAUACCAAGAAAUUGAAGAAACUAAUGAUGUUACACUAUUUUGUCUUUUUGCAGAUACUGAGCCUAUUAACUUCAAUGAAGCUGCCAAAGAUGAAAAAUAGAGAAAAGCAAUGGACAAGGAGAUGAAUGCAAUAUAAAAGAAUGAUACUUGG